CCUCCCCCUCCCUCUCUGUCAGUAUAAAGUGUGGUCUCCCCUCUCUCUCACAUACUAAGUCACAGCCUCAUCAGUGGAGCAAAGCUCAGCAUCUUCAAAUCAUCCUCUUCUGGUUUACUUCAGCAGCUGCAGCCAUGAAUGUAGGCAUCUGUGUUUGUGUUAUCCUGGCUGCUUUGUACAGUGGUUCCCUGAGUCUGCCUUCACAAUCAAUUACAGCAGAGAGAAUGGCUUUGGUUUCAGACAACGGAUCCCUCCCUUCUCCCAACCUCAAACGGCAGGCUCGCUCAGCUCCAGCGCCCCACUCAGGGCAUCUCGCCAAUUACAACCAGCCCCAGGAGGAUGCAGACACUCCAAACAGUCUGAGCCAACUUCUGGCCAGGCUCAUCUCUAAGAAAGGCUCGACCUACCAGACCAGAUCCUCACUCACCAGCAGAGCCAGUGGUCUCGCCCCCAGCCACAGGAUAAAGGACAGAGAUUAUCUUGGCUGGAUGGACUUCGGACGACGUAGUGCAGAGGAGUAUGAAUACUAGUCCUCAAGGCACUGCUUUGUUACUUCGAAUGCUGAGCCCAAACCCCCAAGAUCUCCAGUUAAAGUUGGGAAAAAAAAAUCUGAAGCCCUUUUCACACUGCACUUUCUGUAAACCAGGGCUGACUAUACUAGUAAGAGGCAUAUUUCAGCACAUAUCCUAUAAUCUGUGAACCACAAAACUUAGAAGGAUAAUAUUCUAUACAGUAUGUUUGUUGUCGUUAAGACCAAAGCCAGCAGUGCUUGUCCAUCCCUCAGUGCUUUCUCUUUUCUCUCAGCCUGUCUGUGAUUUGGACAGAAAAUGAGUCAGAAAAAAGUUUGUUUCAUGGAAAAAGAGGUGCUUUGAUUUCUUACAGUAUGCGGUCAUUUCAUUAAAUUUAAAAACAAAAAACAGAAUUACAACACUGAUAAAGCUACAUGAGAUGCUACAUGAGCAUCAUUCAUAGACCACCUGUUAUAAAAACAAGAAAACACGAAUGUUUCAGAAAUCUGUCAAAAAACUGUAAAUAAAGUAAUUAAGCGUAACAUUCAACAAUUAAAACAAAAGUUUCUGUUCAGGAAUGCAAGUAAAUAACUGUAA